CGCGGAACGCCGGAGAUGGGUCAUUCCGGAGAUGGCGGCGUUCUCUGUCAGUCAGAAGUGAAACUUUCCUAUUUUUAGCGACUCGUUUACAGCUUUAAUAACGUGUUAUUUCACCAAUGACCGUACGUAUAUUAUCUGUUAGCAGUGGGACCAACGCUACGUUUGAAAACGACUGACGGCAACGGAGAGGCUUAAACCCACGUUUUUUUAUGACCUAUUUUAUCCUUUUUUUCAUCGCUGAAUCGCUGGGCUUCCCUGGAAGUUGACGCUGGUGACUCGCUGACAUUGGCCAUCAUAACGACUGUUGUUGUUGUUGUUGUUGUCGUCGUCGUCGUCUACAUGAAACCCUAGAGCAGCCAAGAGACGUAUCCUCCUACAUAUAGUAAUACCAUCUAGCUGUCUGGCCGGGCGGCCACUGGACGUCGACCGCAUAGGAAGCCGUGCGGCUUACUGUCGGAUCGCAGGUGUUUGUUGGGGCGGACGUGGUGGAUGCCACCACUAGUCGCGGUCACGCAUUAUUUGGUUGGCUGAGAUCGUCCAUCCUGGCAAAUCAAAUGGAGAAGCUCCAGGAGCUGAGCCAAUCAGAGCUGCAGGAGCUUCUGGACAACACGGAGAGGGUGGAGUCAAUGGCGCUGGAAUCAGAUGAGAUCCAGAACAUCCAGCUGGAGCGGGAGAUGGCGCUGGCCUCCAACCGCAGCCUGGCCGAGCAGAACCUGGACGUCAAGCCGCGCCUGGAGCAGCAGAAGGAGCUGCUGGUGGAGCGCUACUCCCAGCUGGAGGCGGCCCGCGACGCUUACCGCCAGCACUGUGCCCUGCGAGAUGGGUUCGCCGGUCAGGUGUCCCCAGAGGCGCUGUUCUCCAGGCUGCAGACAGAGGGCUCCAACACAGAGGCAGAGUCAGAGACGCUGGCCUCUGACUUCCUGGACGGGUCGGUGUCGCUGGAGUCGUUCCUGGAGCGGUUCCUCCCCCAGCGCUCCCUGGCCCACCGGCGACGCGUGCGCCUGGAGAAGUUCCAGGACUUCCUGAGACAGAGGAGCCACGCCCCCGACCCCGCCCCCGACCACGCCCCCGCCGGGACGCCGGCCGCCUGCGCCGGCCAGGAGCCCGCCACCACCCCCGGCAACCACCACCCCCACCCCCACCAGCAGCCCGGCUCCUCGCCAGCAGGGGGCGCCGGCUACACCCCCUACCCCGUCGCCCCCCCCUCCGUCAACCCUGCCCCGCCCGCCUCCAACGCACCGGCCGGGUACUCCCCCUACCCCCCCACCGCCGCCGCCACCGCCGGCUACCCCGGCCCCAGGCCCGCCUUCGGGCCCGCGGGCGCGGCCUGCCCUUACCCCACCCAGCCCUCUUUCCCCAGCCCCCACCCGGGCUCGGCCUUCGGUCAGUACACCCCCGCACCCCCGCAGGGCCCCCUGCUGGGCCCCCAGCCCUACCCGGCCUCCUACUCCUAUGGAGGGUACAGCUACCCGGGCGGCCCGCCCUACCCGGGCCCCCAGCCGCAGGCCGCACGGCCCGUGUACAGACCCCCUGGGUACGGGGUCCCACAGCCCUACUCCUGAGACUGCUCCCCCUCCCGCUCCCCCCCCCCCCCCCCUCCCCCCUCCACCCUUUCUCCCCCUCCCCCUGUCUGGUUAGAGAGGGUCUCUCACUUUACUUUGUUGCACUAAAUCUCUUGUCUGUCUCUCUCUCUGUUUGUCUAUCUCUCUCGCUCUCUCUCUCUCUCUCUCUCUCUCUUUCUUUCUUUCUUUCUUUCUUUCUUUCUUUCUUUCGCUCUCGCUCUCGGCCACGACUAGUCUCAGGUUGUCCUCUUGUGUUUGUGAGUUUCUAUGUCAUUCAUUCAUUGCAUUUCAGACAUCUUCAAACUUUCAAGCAUCCCUCUUACCGUGUAGCCCCGCCCUCUUAGCAUGUAACCACGCCCUCUCACAGAGCCCCUCCCACUCUUGGGUUGAACCACGGCUAGAGAUCCCAGCCUCACUUUCCGUUCGAGCGCUUCUUGAAGCACUGCUUACUGUACUGUCAUUGGGUCAGCAUGGAGCUCAGCACGCGGUGAGGCGGGGCUCCCGUACUGCUGGACCGGCCGACACCGUCGCAUGACCUCACGUCUGUGGACAACCUCACCCAGAGGGGCCAGAUCCGAUUGGUUGAAAUCUGAAUCUUCUCAGGGUUCCAGGGCACCUGAUCCGACAUCGUGAAAUGUUUAUGACUGGAAGACUAAGUCAUUAGAAUUAAUCAGACUUUCUAAUUAAUUCCUACACAAGUAGAUAAUCAUUCAUAAUACAUAAUGCAUUCUCUCCCAAACACACACCCAUCCUAUCUUUGGUGCUCUCUCCCUUUCCCUGCUAUCGCUCCUCCUCCCUUGUCUCCUCUCUCUCUCCCCCUCCCUUGUCUCCUCUCUCUCCUUCUACCUUUUGUCUCCUCUCUUCUCCUCCCCCUUUUCACCUCUCCCUCCUCCUCCCCUCGUCUCCUCUCCCUCCUCCCCCCCAUGUCCCCUCCCCCUUGCGCCUUCUGUAUCCUCCUGUAUCCAGAACUCUGGACAAUGAAUCUCAGAAGAGAGAUGUUUGAUUUCCUGACAGUAGAUUGGUCUGCGAUGAGAAUUGUAACGUGGUGAGCUGAUUCAAAUCCAAGAUGGAUUUUGUUGAUUGAGGGGGAAGAUAAGAACCGCCUGCUGUGAUCCUGAAGGGAUGUGUGAUCAACAUCUCGGAGGGCCGGUUCUUCAGCACCGCAUCUGGCCCCAGUGUCUCGGAGGUGGGGUCUUCAGCUGCCGGCUGUAGGGGAGUGAUGGGGUAGUUGAUCACAAUGGAAGUACUGCCUUGCACUGUUGACACGUAGAAAUGAGAGGAUAACCCAAGCUACUUUAGAAUCGCUUCACCAAUUCCCCUCUAGUUCUGAGUGUUCAUAGAGUUACCUACACUAAACACACCGUAAACUGCUUGGUGUAAUGGCUCUUUCUCAUUGGUUCCGGUGCCCAGUGCCGUCACAUAGCACCCCUGGGAGCCAAUGGGAAACAGCAGAGCGUCUUGCCUCGGCACCUCCCCCCCACCCCUCCACGACACUACAGUUUCUUCUCCAGUUGUCUGAAUAUAUUAAAAUAAUGUUGAACAUUACAGGGAAUGAUUUUAACGUACUGAUUUCUUUGGACAUGACAUGUGCUCCACUAGAUUUGAGCUGAUUUGUUGAAGUAGACCCUGCCUAUAGCUGGCCGUAUAGCUGGUCUGAGAACAGUGGAGUGACUAGUCCAGGAGGGUCGUGUGGAACUGGAGCUGACGGGUUCUGAUUGAGUUUUUUUUUGUCAAGCUCUGAACGAUUAAUAAUAAUAAUAGUCCAGGUAUCUGAAUAACACCUGGAAAAGGGUCUGAAUAACACCUGGAUAGGUGUCUGCGUUACACCUGGACAGGUGUCUGAAUAACACCUGGACAGGUGUCUGCGUUACACCUGGACAGGUGUCUGAAUAACACCUGGACAGGUGUCUGCGUUACACCUGGACAGGUGUCUGAAUAACACCUGGAAAGGGGUCUGCGUUACACCUGGACGGGUGUCUGAAUAACACCUGGACGGGUGUCUAAAUAACACCUGGAAAGGGGUCUGAAUAACACCUGGACAGGGGUCUGAAUAAUACCUGGACAGGUGUCCUGAGAACACCUGGACAGAUAUCUGCACUCUUCGAAUUGACUCACUUGACCCACAAUCCCUAUAUACCCUACACGUACACUAGGGAAUUAGGACUGUUAUCAUGGGCUCGAAAUCCACCCCUCUGGUGUCAAUUUGUCGCUUAAACAAGCCGUGUGCGUUGGAUCUCACAGUGUCAAGGGUGUGGAAAUUAUAUAUUUAUUUGAAGGUGCAUUAUGGGUAUUAAUCUGUGCACUAUAUAGGGAAACUGAUUUUUACACUAAAAUGAACACUACAAAAUGGUAAAGCAUCAUUUGUUGUGCUGUAUCGGGUACAAGUUAAUCAACUCAAACAUGGCCCCGGACAGGUAUCUCUACAUCUGGACAGGUAUCCGAAUCACACCUGGACAGGUGUGUGUAUAUAUAUACAUAACACCUGGACAGGUUUCUCUACAACAUCUGGACAGGUAUCUCGCACACCUGGGCAGAUAUCUAUAACACCUGGACUGGUAUCUCCCACACCUGGACAGGUAUGUCCCACACCUGGACUGGUAUCUCCCACACCUGGACAGGGGUCUGCAUCACGGCUGCCGGACAAGGAUAUUUCAAAAUAAUGAAAAGUUGAAUAAAAGUGGACCUUUCAGCCUGAUGGCUCACAAGCUUCAAAUGUAAUCCCCAUGGGGUCCUCAUCCCAGCCAAGACCCUCCCGUAGUCCCGCCCUCACGUGGCUGGUAAUCUGGGACACGCCCCCUUUUUGCCACCCUCUCCUGUCCAGUCUCCUCGCCGGAAGGCAGAGAGACGGCCUCAGCUGAUUUCUGGGGGUCAGCGGUCACAGGGUGGUGAGUGUGUGAGGGAGGAGCUUGUCUUUCCACGGGGUUGGGGUUCUUGUUUCCAUGGUGAUGGCUGUAGGGUGAAGGGAAAUUAAAAGACUGAAGUUGAUCUGAG